AUGCGGACCUGCGGAGUAGCCCCUGACUGCAGUCCGCAGAUCGGGGCGGAGCUCAACGUGGGCGGAGUCAAACGUUUGACUCCGCCCACGUUGAGCUCCGCCGAGCGGGAGCUAGGCAUUGAAGACUGUGCGUAUGACAGAGAAGGAGAAGAAGCAGAGGAGAAGAAGAGCGAAGUAGCUGGCAGAAUGGAGAACUUCCCCAUGCCGUCUAAGGAAACCAGAUUGCAGGAAAGAAAAAGACGGAGAAAGCAAAAAGGAAAACAGGAUCUGGAAGUGGUCCCUCCAAAAAGUAUUCGGCUUUCAGAAUCUGUCUCUGAAGCAUCAGCAAAGGCUGAGAGCUUGCCGGAAGUGGGAACUGGGAACGGAGAGGAUUCCCUGCUUAUGGACACCUUAACGGCAGCAAGGUGGUGUGGCACAAGAUCCUUCAAGGGAAAACUUUACCUUCCCCAGGUCAUCACCAUGAACAAGGAAGAUUCCUUGAGGGCAGUGGAAAUGCUGUGCAUGUGUGAUGGCCUGGAUGAAGAGUAUAAAGAAGACCUCAGUGAACCGUUCAUGUUCAUGUUUAGUUUGCAGGCAGACUAUGAGGAGUUCUGCAAGGAAAUGAUGGACAAAAGGCAGCUGCAGGUGUUUUCCGGCUUUGAAAUGAGAUAA